AACCAUGCGGGAUAUUUACAAAUUGCGAGAUCCAGAAAGCUUGUGGCGUUGGAGAUGAAUGCCCAGAAAUAUGUAUGAUUCCCUUUUACCGAUCUGGACUGUGGGCCGUUGGGUUUUUUGAUUGUCGAAUGUCCGGGGUCGUGGGGCUUAAAGGCUAAAGCUAUGGAAGCAAUUCCUCUGCCGAGUUGGGCAUAUUCAACCACUCAAAGCAUCCAAACACGAAAACCAAAACUCUUCCUCUCGCCUUUCCAUCCGCCGAGAAUUCGCGCUUCGGUCACCCCUUCCCGAUUUGCAGUUCGGGCCAAACGAUCUGUUUUCCAGGAUUUUCAGAGCUAUGUGAAGCCUUCUCAUCUUCUGUCUGGCUCUGAGGUGAAAGUCUGCACAAACACAUCAAUAGAAGGGAUUUCUUUGUCUCUGAAGGAGGAUACCUCAAAGUCUUUAUUCAGGGUCAAGUUAUGUACCAGUAACAUAUAUGGCUCAAGUUUAAGCGACUUGAAUGCUGGAGUCCUUAUGUGCUUGAUAGAUGAAUAUGGGCGUUCAAUAUUGCAAAGGAUACCUGCAAGUUUGAUGAUGGAUCAUUCUACAGUAACAGGGGAUAUAAAUGAUGUUAAUACGCUUCAUUUCCAAAGAGGUUCCACUGAUGAAUUUAUCUUUGAUGGACCUAAAAUUGCAAGACUUAAAGCUCUCUGGAUUGGCGUUGAAUCAGGUCAAUGGCGACUCGGAAGCGUGUCGAUAACAGUUCUUAGUUGUGAGUUCAAAUUAUCAUUAAAAGAAGAGGAGGUUCAUGAGUACACUGGUUUCCAAUAUGACUUUCAGAAUGAUGAUGCUUUGCUUGGGGAAGGAAGCGAUCUGUCCAUGCUGGAAUUAAGACCGAGCCUUGUAACUGAGUUAAGUGGGAUUGACCCCUUUGUCCAUUUCGGCAAAAUCGCUUAUGAUGAUGCCUUACCUCAAUAUCCAAAGAUAUCAAAUGAGGAGAGCAUGAGGGAGUAUGCAGAUUUGAAAUUCUCAUUGCUAUUAUAUGAUGCUAUGCUGGUGUUCUUCGGUACAUCCUUUGUUUCCUUCUCAGCCGGAAAAAAUGAAGGCUGUGCUUUCUUGAUAGGUGGGAUCGGCGGCUUUUUGUAUCUGCUAUUAUUGCAGAGAUCUGUGGAUGGAUUGCCAGUUCCAGAAUCAAUCACUAGAGAGCGGAGGGAAAGCAAUCCAUUGUUGGGGGGAUUGGAAGGCCCUAUAUGGAGCAUGGCAUUGGCAAUAGGCUUUGUUUUAUUUGGGGCGAGGUAUGGUUCUGGAGAUUUGCAAGUGAGCUACACGCCGAAGGAAGUCAUUGUUGGAAUGAUGGGGUUUCUUGCAUGUAAGGUUUCUGUAGUGUUAGCUGCAUAUAGGCCAUUGACACUGCGCCUGAAAUCACCGAGUGACAAGUAAUUUGCCGGCGGCAGAGUGGGUGGGUUUGUCACGGCAAAUUCCUAAAGUCGAGAAUUCUAUAGUGAAUGCAUGCACAAGUAUCUUAAAAGUUGAGGCUUGUUGAAAUAUAACUUUGACGUCAAACUGAUACAUUUCUUUCGCGAUAGUACAGAACCUUUUCGAUUAUGUAUUUAUAUGAGCUUGAAAGAAAAUCAGACGAAGGUGGCAAGAUGUCAUUGAAAAAGAAAGAUAAAGCGAGGUGAUGGGAGAUUAAAAGGUCGUCCAUUUAUAAAUUCGAGUCUCGUGCAGAGUUUUGGAGUGAUCUGGUGACCGUAUCUAAAAUUAUCUAUGCGGACGAAAAAAGCGGGUCAUAAUUGAAGGUGCAGUGAGUCGGUGACAGGGCUAGUAGAGUGUGUGAGGGGGAAAGUAAAUGAUUGCCCUCCUGUGGGCGAACGUUGAUGAGAUAAGAGACCAACAUUUUCUUGUUCUCAUAUCAUUAUAUGCAGGAUAAUUGUACGGAGAAUUAGGCCACUGAUAAUGCCUUUAAAUUUUAGUUAGUUAUAA